AUGGAGCGGCAGAAGAUGGAGUGUCAGAAGUACGGCCAACACGGCCACCUGGCAUCCAUUCUUUCAAAUCAUGAGGGAGAACUGCUGUCCAGACACAUCCUCAAUAGUUACCCCAACGUGGAGUCAUUCUGGAUCGGACUGCGAGACCGACUGAAGAAAGGUCGAUGGAGAUGGGCAGAUUCGUCUACAUCCAUGUUCAAAGCAUGGGAAGGUGGAGCGCCCAAAUCUGUUGAUGCAAGUGGUUUCUGUGCCUACCUAUCAAUCCAUCAAGAUUUUCAGCAGUGGAAUGAUGCGUUCUGCAAUACACGGAUGGCCUACAUCUGUGAAUUUGAGCUGUAG